AUGACCUUACAAAUUAACGGAAAAUCAUUUACUGCCCUGGUAGACUCAGGAGCUGAUAUAACCAUCAUUUCUUCUAAGUUUUGGCCUAAGAGUUGGCCACUUUCACCUGUAUCUUCAGUCUUUACCAGUGCAGGAAAAGCUACUGACAUCCAACAAAGCAUUGAAAUUUUUCUAUGUAAAGGGCCUGAAGGCCACGCUGCUACUAUCCAGCCUUAUGUUACUGAUAUAGCCAUUAAUCUGUGGGAAAGAGACCUAUUAAGUCAAUGGGGAGCAUAUACGAAUUUUCCUUAUGUUUCUCCUGCUGCAACCAAUACCAUGUCCAAAAUGAAUUAUAACCCAUUAAAAGGGCUUGGACAAGAAAAUGGGCAUAUGGAGCCAAUUACUGCUGAAAUGCGGCCUCCUUAUAAGGGACUGGGAUAUCCUGUACAGAAUUGA